AUGUAUUUACAAUACUUAAUACCAUUUUUCCUACGUGAAGAUACAGAUAUCGAAAAAAUUAUUGAAUCGGCCAAAUUUUAUAUCGAUGAUCUAAUUGGCUCGAUUGAAGAGGUUAGAGGUGAAGUUACUUUGUGGAAACAAUUUUGGAAAUCCCAAUUAGAUAAACCUAAAACUGCUAUAGAAGCUUUGACUCAUGCAUCUGAAUUUUACCCUAAUAUAAAGGAAUUGCUAAAAAUUAUUUGCGUUAUACCAGUUACAACUUGCAGUGCAGAAAGAACAUUUUCCUCACUUCGACGAACAAAAACAUAUUUGAGAUCAACAAUAGGAGAGGAUAGAUUAAAUGGACUUAUGCUUCUUAAUAUUCAUAGGGAUAUUAAAAUUACUCCAGAGGAAGUUAUUGAAGAAUUCAGUAAAAAACAUUUAAGAAAAUUACAGUUACAAUAUAUGUAA